AUGGAAGGCCGAGGCUUGACCCUUCGGAGCAAAUCUCGUCGCCAACGGCCUCAGAUCAGUGCUCCGAAACCCAUCUCUGGGCCCCUUCCCCCCAAUACCCGAGCCCCCGAUGCUCCUCAGGGCUCCGUCCCCGCUGGUCGCGAGCGAGCUGCCCAGAGCGAGGCCACCUCCGAUCUCGUGAAGCGUCGAUACUCGACUCGAUUCAAUGCAGCUCCGGACUUUGAUGCGAGUGCGCCCCCGGUGCCAGCACUGCCGACACAAGCACCUGGUGGAUACGGAGGGCUGGGAGCUCCAUCGGCAGUUCCAAGGCAACCAUCGCCAGCGGAUGGCGCAUCGACCUCACCCAAGGUGGAUUUGAAUGCAUUGCGAGAUCCCAGUCUACCCGUGGAACGAUACGUCGCCAACUUGCUCGCCAAUGCAUCCGAGGAAGAGAUCCAGAAAUACCAGGAAAGCCUACGAAAAGUCAAAAACCGAACCUCGACCGAUCUUCAACAGAAUGUCUACCAGAAUCGUACCCAGUUCAUCAAGAUCAGUAAAGAGGCGGAGAAGCUCAAGGACGAAAUGCGCACAUUGCGCACCCUCAUGUCGGAGCUCACCACUGCCCUCGGACAGACCACGGUGGGCAACACGCCCAACCCCAUGUCCCCCACGGAUGAUCAGUUCCCCAAACGCAAUGCGAACCGCAGCUCCGUGGCCAACCUGGAAAGCAUGUGGAGUGUUCAAUUGCAAACGUUGUGGAAGACGGUGGAAGGGUCCCAAAAGUUCUUGCCGGCGGUCCCCGGACGGCAUAUUGUGCUGGAAACGGGCAACUGGGCUGAGCUGGACUCGGCCACCUGGAAGCCCAAGAGGCCGGUGCACAUCGUGCUGUUGAAUGACCACCUGCUGGUGGCCGCCAAGAAGCGCAAACGUGUCGAUCAGAACCAGCCCAACCAACGCGGCCCGGUUCCCACCAAGCUUGUCGCGGAAGAGUGCUGGCCACUUCAGGACAUUGACAUGAUUGACCUGGCUGCGAAUCUGGGAACGGGUGCCGCUCGAGAAGAAGCAUUGGACCGUGGUAUCGCCAAUGCGAUCAGUAUCCGAGUGGGAUCCAAACCAUUUACUUACCGACAAGACAAACGCGACACGUCGACGAAGAAUGAACUGCUUGCCACGUUCCGCAAAACCGUGGAGGAUCUACGACGAAACUUGAGAACUGAAACCGAGGCAGCGAGCAAGCCCUUGGAGGCAUAUGGAUACCUCGCUGGGCGGCACCUGUCGUACUCGCAAAAGUCGGAGCCGUUUGAUCUUGCAGACGGUCCGCGUGAUAAGUCCGAUCUGCGCAUCGAUGUCGAUGGCAAACAACAGAACCUCCGCUGGGUGGAGGGACAGGUUGACGAACUUGAUAUUGACAUUGCCUUGCAACACUUUGAAGCUGCCGUGUCCAGUAUUGAGCGAUUGCGGAAGCUUGCCAAGGGACUUAAAGGGAAUGCAAUUGCUCAGGAAGUGAUCAACGUCAAGGUUGACGGACGAGCGACGCGACUGGCCGGUGUGCUCUCGCGAUCGCUGGUGGAUACGCACUCGUUCCCGGGCGCGACCAAGACAAACGUCACUUGGCUCAGUCGCCUGGGUUUCGAGGAUCAAGCGCGUGAGACUUAUCUGAAGGCACGGACUGAUGUGAUCUCCAAACGUAUCCGAGCCUGCGUCUUCGAGGGUGAUCUCCCACUCUACAUCUUCCAAAUUUCCUUCGUCUACUUCUCCCUGAUCAAAAACACGAUCAGCAUCUACCAACAAUGCUUCCCAAGCGUGAUGACCAGCUCCUGCAUCCGAUGGGCAAAGACGCACCUCGACGGAUUCAAUGCCCUCCUCAGCCGCCAACUCAGCAGCGUGCAGCGCGGCACUUCUGUCUGGGACAAAUGUCUUGACAUUGUUCAUGAACAUGCUGCCUUGUUGACGGAGGUCGGUGUUGAUUUCACGGACCUCGUGGCUCGGGGGUUGGAGGAUCAAAGCGAUGAUGGAUUGCGGACUGUCCAGCCUGGUCAAUUGGCUGCAGCUCAGCCUCCUGUGAUAUAG